AUGGGGGGCUGCGUGUCGAUUGAGGAAGACCCUAGAGGCCGAUUUGGGCCCGCACCUGGCCGAUCGUCGUCCCGCGCAACCCACUCAAACCGCGUUGCACCGCAAAGCCCCUCUACAGCAAGCAAGCGCUCGGCGCGCAAGUCCUCCCCCAUGCGAUCUCCCUCUUCCGCUUCGGCCUCCGCUUCCGCGUAUCGUUCCGGCGGACUCCUCCCAAAAUCCAACGAGAGCAACAUCAGUGCCGCCAGUGGCGGAAGCGGAAGCGGCCGCCGAUCCUGCCCGCAAACACCGCGCGGGAGUUCCGCCAGCGGCUUCCGGACUCCCCCUGGCAGCGGCGGGCUGGGUUCCGGCCGACGCGGCGGCGCACUUGCGGAUCGAACGUCUCUGGCGAACAGCGGCGUCGCCACGUCAUCGUUGCGCGAAUUCUCGUACCAGGAGCUAUGGAUAGCGACGCGGAAAUUCGAGAAGGAGGGGAAGCUGGGGGAGGGCGGAUUCGGGAGCGUUUUCCGGGGAACGAUCGAAGAGGAUGUUUGCGCUUCAGGCGCGGGGAUGGGCGCGGGGAGCGGAGAGGGCGGAAAGCGGAAGUUGCAGGUUGCGGUGAAGGUGUUGAAUCAGGGGGGUCAGCAGGGGGAGACGGAAUGGAAGACGGAGGUUCGGUACCUGAGCGAGCUUCGGCACCCGAACCUGGUGCGGCUGGUCGGGUACUGCUCGGACGGGCAUCACCGGCUGUUGGCGUACGAGUAUCUUCCGUACGGCAGCCUCGAGCGAUUCCUUUUCACCCGUGAGUUCCUGGCGGCGCUGCCUCUAUUCGCGUCCCCCCUCGCCUCUUUCAUGUUCCCUUGUUGCUCUUCCCUCACCCGCCUCUCAAAUCCGCCCCUGCCAUGCGCCAUCCAGCCUCUGCCAUGGGCGGUGCGCAUGAAGGGAGCGCUGCACGCUGCCGCUGUUCCCGUAUCCCUGCCCCCCCUCCUUGUCAUCUCCGUUCCUGUUCCCCCCUUGCUUCCCCCCUUUCCCCUGCCCUUCCCCCCUGCCAAGCGUCAUCCAGCCCCUGCCAUGGGCGGUGCGCAUGAAUGUGGCGCUGGCGCUGCACGCGGCCGCUGUUCCCGUAACCACCCCCCUCCACCCCCUCCCCUUCUUCUCAUUUCCAUUCCCGUUCCCCCCUUGCUCCCCUCCUCCCCUUUCCCCCUGCCAGGCGCCAUCCAGCCCCUACCAUGGGCGGUGCGCAUGAAGGUGGCGCUGCACGCGGACGCUCGUCCCCUCGCCUUCAUUCAUGUUCCCGUGUCCCCUCCACCUCUCCCCCUGUUCCGCCACUUCCCCCCCUCCCCCCUGCCAGGCGCCAUCCAGCCCCUACCAUGGGCGGUGCGCAUGAAGGUGGCGCUGCAGGCGGCGCAGGGCUUGGCGUAUCUGCACGAGGAGGCGGACCGGCAGAUCAUCUACCGCGACUUUAAGGCGUCCAACAUUCUGCUGGACGAGGACUUCAAUGCAAAGCUCUCUGAUUUCGGGCUGGCAAAGGACGGCCCCGAGGGCAACCAGACGCACGUGUCAACGCGGGUCAUGGGCACCUACGGCUACGCCGCCCCCGAGUACAUGAUGACCGGCCACCUCACCGCCAAGUCAGACGUCUACAGCUUUGGAGUCGUGCUGCUCGAAAUGAUUAGCGGGCGGCGGGCCAUGGAGCCGGAGUUCCCGAGGCGGCAGCAGAAUAUCGUCGAGUGGGCGCGGCCGUUUCUGGUCGAUCCAGCGAAGAUGCUGCUAUUGGUGGAUCCGAGGGUGGGCGGCGAGUAUUCGGUGAAAGGCGCUCAACGGGCGGCGGUUUUGGCACGCAAGUGUCUGAACAAGGACCCGCACGCGCGGCCGCUAAUGUCGGAAGCGGUUCGGGUGCUUUCUUCGAUUCAGAACUUGACGGAUCUUGCGAGUAAGCUGGAGCAGGCUCAGCGGCUACACGGUGCUUAG